CCAGAGAGUGAUGUCAUGGACAUGCCAGAGGGUCUGGUUUGCUGAUAGUCCUCGAUGGCUGGAUAAACUGCCAAAGAGGUUUGCAAACAUGGUGCCAGCGUUCCUGACAUACAAAAAAGCCAUCUGCAAGUCUGUGCUUCAUGAGCUGAGGCGCACUGGCAAGUCACCUUCCGACAUGGCGAAACAGGUGAAUGAGCUGAUGCACCUCAAGUAUGAACAAGCACAUCUGUCAUACCUUCACAGCAUUCAGAACAUCUGGGAUGCUGAGGCGGGGGCUUAUGGGCAGAAAACCCUUAGUCACCUUGUGAGGAAGGAUGUCAUGCCACAGUCUUUUGGAAGUUAUGAUGAUGCAGAUGGAUGGUGUGGAGUCUCUGUCUCUGCUCACUACCUGACUGACUGCCUCAUUGACGAGUACCAGCGCCAACAGUCAGCCAUAACAUUGCUCAUGCAGGGAACUUUUGGACAGGUCUUGCGGUCUGACCACACCAGGAAGGUGGCGCGAAAAGUGACUUUAUCCUCUGGCACUAUGUCAAGGGAUUGUGUGCGGCAUUCAGAAUUCCGGACCUUCACCGGAGAGCACACUAAAUGGGAUGCGGAGACCACAGACAGUAUUGUCGCAGAGGCCACUGCUGGGACUCUGGAGAACACCUGUGCAUCCCGUACACAGUACAACGCCAACAUUGUGGUCAAGUUGGAUUUGUUCCACUGUAUGCGGCGUUUCACACGGGAGUGCACUUCGAGCACCAUCCCCUCUUCAACACUUCUGUCAGCUCCUCUCUGCGCCUUUUUCGUGGUGGAUCAGGGGGACUGCAGAAGCUCAAGGAUGCGUAUCAGUCUGUGGAAUCAGCCACCACCCAACAAAACAGCACAUCCGAGAGCACUGUAG